UGAAGACGGAAGUUGGCGGAUAGUUUUUUUUCGGAAAUGUAGAAGAAUCAUUGGCAAUGAGUGUCAGAUACAAAAGUUUAACGGAAAUCUUGGGAUCAGUUGCCGAGAAAAGUGAACAGAAAGUCAGUGGAAAGGAUAAGGUGUUAAAUAUUCAACGAAACCAUCAGUAUCCUGCUGCGGUUAUUCCUGAAGGUGAGAGAAAAUAUAGCGUUAGAAAAUUAGUGAGCAAAUUUGAGUCACACGCCAGUGGUCAUUUCGAACGAAAUAUCAGCGAUAGGUUUUCGUUAAAAUCCAAAAAGAAUAAAGUGUCCCGAAAGGAUGGCGUAUCAAAAAAAACAGCGCUCACCACCACAGGUGUGCAGUGUUCGUCAAAGACAGUGUGGUACCUGAGUAGUGAUAAGAUAGCGGAUGAUAACAAUACAUGCGAGUCAAACAUGAACAGUCCCGCACUGCAAGAAAUCACAGACGACUAUCUAGAAAAAAUAUCUCUCCCAGAUCCGGACAACAUCUGCGAUUGCUGCAACGAGUUCAUCUACUUGCAAUUGACGAAAGAAAAAGCUGAAUAUUUGAAUUCAUACGAUUCAGACUUUGAAGAGGACAUUAAUGAGAUCUAUACCGAGGCCAGCAAUACAACAGUUGCGUUGAAAUUUCCUGGAGAUUAUGUUCACUUUCUGCUUUAUGGGUACUAUCAAAAAGGAUCGAAAGACAAUCAUAAGGUUUGCGACCACGACGAAGGGUUCGAUGAUCUGGAAAACACUGCACUUACAAACGACGGAGUUGAUACAAGAAAGCCUUGUGAAGAUGAGCCGAAACAAACAAAACUGUCAUAUCUCAUCGAAGAACUAUUGAUCACCGAGAGGAACUAUAUUAACACACUGGAGCUUGGAAUCACGACAUACAUAACAAAUGUUUUCAGUGAGUCGACCCUUCCUCCGGAGCUAUUGAAUAUGAAAUAUCACAUUUUCGGAAACAUCGAAUAUAUUCAUCAGUUUCAUCAGUCUAUUCUAUUGCCCAAAUUAAUUGCUUGUGGAAAGGAUGCAGUACGAAUAGCGGAUGUUUUUUGCAGGCACAUAGAGAACGAUUCGUUUUACGGUUAUGUUCUCUAUUCGUUGUAUCAUCCGAAAUCACAACGACUUUAUGUGAAGUUUUCUGGGUUUUUUGAAAAACAUCAAAAUACCAGCGGAGAUAAACUUGGUGUCAAAAGCUUCUUUCUCCAGCCGAUUCAACGAUUACCGAGAUAUAAACUUAUUUUGGAUAGUAUUGCAAAAUCAUUGCUCUCAGAUAACCAGCCGGAUGACCAUGAUAUCCAAACUAAGCUACAGCUGGUGUGCAGAGCAGGAGACGCGAUGCAAAACUUCAUAAACACAAUGAACGAAUGUAUGGCAGUGAAUGACAUUGCCGAGUGCGAAAAGACUGAAGAUGAAGAGGUCGAAAUGGGAUUUGGUGUGCUCAAGCCAGUAAAUGUGCUGAUAGGACAAAACAGUGAAAACCAAACGUUGUUUCUAUACCCCAGAAGUGACGACAAUCAAGAGAGAAGCAAACCGAUAAAUAUCCUCCACCAGGGAAAAUUUAGGAAAGUGUUCCCUAUGUUCAUCAAUGAUAUUCGGCAACGACGACAAUAUCAAGGAAAAUUGUUCGUCUUUGAGCGGUGUGUCAUCUAUACCGAACAGACUCGUCCCAAGGCAUUAACAUAUCGAGGACAUUUUGAUCACCUGGAGAUUGCCUACGAUUUCAGUAAUCAGCAAAUAUUGAAGAUAUUCUCAGAAAACGAUAAACAUCACGGAGUUGAGGCGAAAAUCAAUAUUCAAAAUCCGGAUGCAGCAAAUCUGGCAGUGUUGGCUGACCUCUUGCAUUCUAUCAUUGGCAAACGUUCACGAAAAGAGGGAUAUUUCAUAGAGAGCUCAGAAAUCAUGGCUCUAAGAAAAGCAGAUUCGAAGAGAAGUAACAGUUACAGAAGUAGCUUAUCAAGCAAUGCAAGCAGCUUCAGUUACAACAACACAUGUGUCCUCGACACGGUUGAAAUUCCACUCGAUGCAACGCCUUUUCAAGAAGUUGAUCAUAACGACAAUUACAAUUUAACAUCCUUAGAUCAGAUAGUUAAUUUUCAUCAGUAUUACGAGAAAGCUCUGCGAGACGGCGUUACUUUCUACAUUUGCUCGCUUCCCUGUGACAUGCGUGAACAACUCACGGAAUUCUAUGAUAUUUUAAAAGAACUUAUGAGCUUUCAGAACAACAUAAAUUGCCAAUUGUUCGAGAACGAUGAAAGCGAGAGUUUUCGAUCGGAACUCGAUCAUCUCUGUGAUAUCUUCCAUGACAGCUUAAAGCGGUCUGAGUUCGAAGUUUAUCUCCGCUAUGUGGAACGAUCAAAAUCGGCGGAACUAAUACUCAUGAGUUUUGAGCAAUACUUCACUGGCCAACCGAGAGAAGAUGAUACAAUUUGUCUGUCGAUUGACUCCUUCCUAUCUCUUCCCAUUGUAUACAUCAACAAGUGCUACCACUUCUUCAAUGAUGUCUGGGAAGAUGUGAACGGAUGUAGAGAAGAGGUAAUUCUCAGAAAUACAGUCCUUGAUUACAAGAUAAACUACAUCCAUAGCCAGCUAUCAUUGCUACGCCAACGGGUGAAUGAAAACUUCUACAUUCGGCAAUUCAUCAUGGAUGUUGCUUUCCUGGGCGAAAUUGGUCUGGUUCAGUAUUCUGAAAUUGUGAAGAUAGAAGGUUCUUUCGCCACUUAUCGAUUAUUCCUUUUCAAAACGGGACUACUUUGCAUGAAGAUUAAUAGUGAGAAGCCUGAUGAACCGGAAACUUACAAUAUGGUUACAUUCUACUGCCCAUAUACCAAGUCCACAGCAAAAAUGAGCCGCCGGGAUGAAAAAGGAUGGUCAAUCUAUCUGGACGGAAGCAAAACGACUCUUCUUUUUGAUAACAAACAGGCGCGUUCUGUUGUCAAUGAUCGAUACACGAAGUUGGCAGAUCAAAUGCGCGCAACAACAAGAGUGAAGAAGCGAACGUUUUUCAGAGCGCCUGAUUAGAACUUAGUGUGAUUUAUUAAAUUUUUAUUAAAUUUAUUUAUAAAGCUCGAUUCACUUAAAAGUUCAAUGCACUAUUAAUUAUAGCCCUGCACCAGGUCCUGGAAUACUUUGACAGCGGACCGUUUGGAAAGUUAUCCUUCUUUAGGGAUGAAAUGUUCUGUUGCGAUUUUUCAGAAUUUAAAAUAUUUGUUAUAGAUGGAAACCUGAAGAAGAGAACGAAUUUUGAACGUCGGAAA